GCAGGGCUUUCCGCCCUUACUUCUUCGCCGAGCUCAGUGCAGUUCUGACUUCUCAAGAUUCUGCCCUUCCCCAAGAAAGGAAAAUCAAGGAGGAGAUGGAAAUGACUUCUGGUCUCCUACCAGCCAGAUCCCAGGUAUCACUCACCUUCCAAGAUGUGACUGUGGAUUUCUCCCAGGAGGAAUGGGACCGCUUGGAGCCUGCCCAGAAGGAUAUGUACAGGGAUGUGAUGCUGGAGAACUAUGAGAAUUUUGUCUUCCUUGGGCUCCCAGUUUCCAAACCAGACGUGAUCUCCCAUCUGGAAAGAAGAGAGACACCGUGGAUGACAGAGAAUGAAGUCCUGAUAAGCACUUAUCUAGAUUCCUUUAUUCAGAAGACAGGAUUUGAAAUCAAAGAAUCCAUUCCAAAGCAGUAUAUUGCUAUGGGAGAAUCAUUCAAUGAGAGACUCACAAAGGAGGGCCCCUGGAAUUGCAGUUUGGGAGAAGCUUGGGAUCAUGAUGUCAGGUUAGAGAGACAAAAGGGAAACCAAGAGAGACAGCCAAGGCAGGUACCAGUCACUCAUGACUAUAAUAUAUUUGGGAGAAAGCUCAUUCUGGGGUCUUUCCUCAUUCCACAACUGAGUUUUCCUAGAGGAGAAAGUCUCCAUAAAUACGAUACACUUGGAGAGAGUUUCAAACAAUUUUCAGACCUAAUUAAAUAUAAUAGAAUUGAAUUAGGAAAGAAACUUUGUAAAUAUAGUAAGUACAGGAAACCUUUCAAUUAUCAGUCAAACCUCAUUCAUUACUAUAGAACACAUACUCGAGGAAGACCUCUUAAAUGUAGUGAAUGUGGCAGAACUUUUAGUAGCAUUUUAAACCUCACCCUACAUCAGAGAAGUCAUGCUGGGGGGAAACUCUUUGUAUGUGAUGAAUGUGGGAAGGCCUUCAGCCAGAAAGAAAACCUUGAUACACACAAGAUAUUUCAUACUGAAGACAAACUCUUUCCAUGUAAUGCAUGUGAGAAAGCCUUCAGUAACAAUUCACGCCUUAUUGUGCAUCAAAGAAUUCACACUGGAGAGAAACCCUAUAUAUGUAAUGAAUGUGGAAAAGCCUUCAGCCAGAAGGGAAACCUUAAAACACACAAGAGAAUUCAUACAGGUGAGAAGCCUUUUGAAUGUAAUGAGUGUGAGAAAGUCUUCAGCAGUAAUAGACACCUCACUCGCCAUCAACGAAUUCAUUCUCAAGAGAAACCGUAUGUAUUGAAUACAUUUGGUAAAACCUUCAGCAACACCCCUUACCUUCCUAAACGUAGGGUAAUUAAUAAUAAUACUGGAGAGAAACCUUUUAAAUGUUAUGAAUGUGGAAAAGGCUUCAGGUACAGUUCUUCUCUUAUGCAACAUCAGAGAAUUCAUACUGGUGAGAAACCCUUUAUAUGUAAUGAAUGUGGAAAAGCCUUCAACCAGAAGGGAAUCCUUAAUACACAUAAAAUAACUCAUACGGGAGAGAAACGCUUUCAAUGUAAUGCAUGUGGAAGAGCCUUCAGACACCGUUCAUCCCUUAUGCGACAUCAGAGGAUUCAUACUGGAGAGAAACCUUAUAAAUGUAAUCAGUGUGACAAAGCCUUUAGCCAGAAGGGAGGCCUUAACGCACAUAAGAUUGCUCAUACUGGAGAGAAACACUUUGAAUGUAGUGAAUGUGGAAAAGGCUUCCGAUACUGCUCAUUCCUUGUGCAGCAUCAGAGAAUUCAUACUGGCGAGAAGCCCUAUAUAUGCAAUGAUUGUGGGAAAGCCUUUGGUCGGAAGGGAAGCCUUAACACCCAUAAGAGAAUUCAUACAGGUGAAACUCCUUUUGGUUGUAAUGAAUGUGAAAAAGCCUUCACCAAUAACCAGAGCUUAGCUCGACAUCAGAUAUUCUCUCAUAUUCGAGAGAAACCCUUUCAUUGUAAUGAAUGUCAGAAAUCUUUCAGCCAGAGAGGAGAUCUUAAUAAACAUAAGAGAAUUCAUACUGGAGAGAAACCUUUUCAGUGUGAGGAAUGCGGGAAAGCUUUUACCCGUAGUGAAAACCUCAAAGGACAUAAGAAAAUUCAUACUGAAGAGAAGCCAUUUCAGUGUGAUGAAUGUGAGAAAGCUUUCAAAUGGAGUGGAAACCUGAAAGAACAUAAAAAAACUCAUGCUGGGAUGAAGCUUUUUGAGUGGAAUGAAAGAGGAAGUGUUUACAGUCCGAACUUUGUUGCAUAUGAUAGAAUUCAUAAUAGAGAGAACCCCUUUGAAUAUAAACAAAUGUGAGAAAACUUUCAGAAAUAACUCAUUGCUGAAAAAAAUGGAGAAUUUCUACUUCAGACCAUUUCAAUAUAAGGAAAUUGGGAAAGCCUUCAGCAGGGGGAAAAAACAACUUUAUUACACAUCAGAGAAUUCAUACUGGAGAGAAGAGUUUUCGUGAUUAAAAAAUGUGAGAAAUUUUUCAAUUUGAGUAGAAAACUGAAAGACAUAAGUGGACUCAUUCAUCAUUAUGACCAAGAUUUGUGAUUUCAAGUGUCGAACUCCAUCUUCCGAUGUAGAUCACAACCCAUUAGAGUUGUCUUAGAGUUUCCUGACACUCAGAAAUGUUAAGCAACUUGCCCAGAUAGCAUCAGUUUAGGGCUCCUUGACUCUUAAGUUUUAUGCUCUAUCCAAUAUGCCAACUAAUAACCACUCAAGGAUAUUCAUACUGAAGAAAAACUCUUUGAAUGUAAUAAAUUUCAUAAAGUCCUUAGCAAUAGUGCAACCUGUAUUAGUCGUCAAAGAAUUCAUACUGAAGAGAAACCCUGUCAGUGAAAUAAAUGUAGGAAUGCUUUCACCUAGAGUAGAAACCCAAAGCACCAGAAGUUGAUUCAUACUGGAGAGAUUCUUUGAAUGUAAUGAAUGUUGUACAUCUUUCAGGCUGAUAUAAAAGCUUUGAUACAUAUAAGAAAAUUCAUAUUGACUAGAAAUCUUUUGAUUAUAACGUAUUUGGGGAAGCUUUUAAUCUAGAAAAACUUGUAGAAUAUUGGAUAAUUCAUACUGGUGAGGAUGUUUACAAAUGUAAUGAAUGUGGAAAUGCCCUCAGAAUGAGCUCAUCCCUUAUGAAGCAUAAUGACCCUGGUAAAAUCUUUGGAGUCCACUCCUCAUCAGAAUUUUCAUGCUGGAGAUUAACUAUGCAUAUAAUUGAAGGAAUGCUUCAUAAAGUUUUAUCAUCUGUUAAAUAUUGGAGAGUCAAGAUGUCAAGUUUUAUCAUCAAUUAAAUUGUUGCUUUGAGAAGAAAAAAAGCCCCAUCUUCCUUUAUGUCCCUCUUUUUUUGUUAUGUUAGCUACCAAUCAGGUGGGCAGUUCAGUUGCAAAAGUGCAAAAUUUGAAAUACUGUUAAUAAAACACAAGUCUGUUUUAUAAAUAGUUUUAGGAAAACAUACCAAAAUACUAAUUAGCAAAAUGGCCAAACUUUUAUAACUUCAUAGAGCAAAGGAAUAAAAGAUGGUAGAUAAAUGUCCUAGGAGGAUUCCCUCACCUCCAGGGGAUAUUUAAUAUGGGAACUGUCUCUUUGGAAGUUCUUAUGAAAUG